AUAUCCUCAAUUCUCUCAACCUCCUCUGGUGAAUAACACUACAUCACCCCAGUGUGUUCAUCACCUAUUCUUCCAGCCACCACCUCUCACUCCAACGAAUUUACACCCAUAAACUCGCCCAAGGGCAAAGAAAUUGCAAAAUCCAAUAACGCAGCCAUGAAGACCGAGGAAACUGACCAAUAUCCGCCCCGGAUCAGAGCUGAAGAAACGAUGGAAGAAACCCCCACCCCAACCAAGGCAUCAGUCUUAGAAGCCAACAAGGCAACAAACACCCCCACUGACAAGAGCGCAACUGUAACUCCGCGCAAGCGUGGCCGCAAACCAGCAGGUUCAGCCACCACAACUCCAAGCAAGAAGUCCAAGAAGGACAGCGGCAGCACUGACGAUGGCGAGCCUUCUACCCCUGGUAAUGCAGGUACACCUUCUCGCGCGACUCUCCCUCCUAUCCCAGCUACUCUUGCCGCGGCGGGCCCAGAAGACACCAUGAUCUUGCGCCUCCGCGAUGAGGAGAACCGUCCUUGGGCUGAAAUAAACAAGAUCUUCGUCGAGGCCACGAGCAUCAAAGUUGGCGGGUCUACGCUUAGAAUGAGAUACACUACUAUGAAGGCCAACUUUGUGGGGAUCACUGAGGAGGAUGAGGGGCGGCUCCUGCGCAUCAAGAAAGAAAUUGAAGAUAAAUUCGAAAGCGAGAAGUGGCAUCGCAUCACUGAAGCGAUUGUUCAAGACGGCGGCGCGAAGUAUCCGGCUGCGGCGCUACAGAAGAAGUUUAAGGAGUUGAGCAAACAGCUUAAUAGCCCUGCUCCUAAUGGUGCUGCUGCUAAUGGUGGUGAUGAGAAGUGAGGUUGCAUCUAUUUAUCUACACAACUGCCUAUCUCGCGCGGCCCUUUUUGUCUUUCUGGCUUGGUGCGUUGUGUUUAUUUGCUUAGGACCUUAGGGGAGUCGGGGUUGGCGUUUCUGGUGCUGCUGGGAUCUGGAAUACACGACAUUGGCUUGAGGAGGAGUUAAGGGUUGAUUGAAUUCGUUAGGAGGCCAACUGGCUGAGCCGGUCCAUGAUUUGGAAUGAAUCUGCAACAUUCAAGGGGCAACUUGAUACAUAAGGACUGCUGAACUUAAGACGCAGACUCCUCAAUAUUCGGUCAGUAGAUUAGGAGAAACUGAACCAGAAAUCGAAUUUGAUUGCAAAUCAGUUUAAUUGAAGAAAACAAGUAAUGUCCCCUAGUAACACAACCAUACACACAAAGAACACCAGCAAUAUUCCCGAGUCAGUACUUACUCCUGAAUCCAA